CGAAAAUUUUCAGUAAGGAGUGCGAAAAAAAACAUUUACAGAGUCUCUGGAGCUUCAGCAGAAGAUCUUAUCCAUCCCAGGAUGUUCUGCACCAUCCCCAUUGAUGAUGUGGACGGUUUUCGUUCCAAGCGCUAUCAUUUACAGAAUUCUGUUUAGGUUCACGAUCGCACGAGCCGUGAAGGUCUCUCGUGAUUUGCAGAUGGAUCAAUUAAUGCAGCGUCUGGUACGAGGUGGUGGUCUUGUCUUCUUCGUUUUGAUGGCCUCGGCCACAUUUUCUGUAGUUAGUGCUCGUUUAACCACAGAUCCUGUCGUAAGUUACCCAUAUUUCUCUUCGCUUAUGUGGGACCAGGCUAGGACGCGGUUGAGGAUGGAUACGUAGCGGAGCUCAAGUUUGGUGGAAGGCUGGAGUGAGGUGUUUUGUCACCUGAUGUUGGGGGUUGGAUAUAUCACUUUGGGCUAUAGGCCUAAAAUAGGGAUACAUCUUUUGUGGUAAUUAUCCACGGACCACCAUCCAGAUUGAUAUAUCCACAGGGUGAAUCACA